AUGUUCUGUGUGGCCGAAGCGUGUGCUUUCUUGGUCGACGGUCACGUGACUGGCGGCGCUGCUGUGACCGCUGCGCGCCGCAGUCUGGACGCCGCGCGCGGCCGCCUGCGGGACCCAGAGCUCGCGGAGCGCAUGGGCUAUUUGGCGGCCGGCAUCGGCGCGGCGAGGGAGGCGGGCGGCACAUCGCCGCGGGCUGCCGCUCGAGGCACAAACCUGUACAGUCGAGGCCACGACGAGGAUGAGUGCGUCGUAGGCUCGAGGCCCGAGAGGAACAGGUACCUCGCCGAAGGGCCCGCGGCCCUCGAGGGGCCGGGCCGCGGCCGCGCCGCCGCGCUGUGCCUCACCGGGAGCCUGCGGGCCGCCCUCCUGGACCCCCAGCGUCUCUUCGUGGCGCCGCUGCAGUCGGUGGUGCUGCGGCGGUUGCGCGGCGCGGGCUACUCGGUCGACGUCUUCGCGGUGACCUCCGCGGCACUGCGGGACCUGCGGCUGCGCGAGCUGCUGUGCGUGGACGAGGCGGCCAGGACGCCCGCCGAGGCGCGCUGGCUGCGAAGCGGGCCGCGGACGGGCUGGCGGCGCGAGGCCUUCCUGGGGCAGCUCAGGAAGGUUCGCGCCUGCGCCGACCUGGCCGCCGGCGGCGACUACCAGCUGCUGGCUCGCGGGCGGCUCGACGCGCUCUGGCACCGCUUCCCCGAGGACGUGGCCUCCCUCGAGGCACCGGGCGUGGUGUGGCUGCCGUGGCGGGCCACCGAGGGCCUCACGCAGUACGUCAACGACUGCUUCGCCGUCGGGCGGCCUGAGGAGAUGGCGCCCUACCUGCAAGUCUACGACGCCUUGCUGAACCCAAGGCUGUGGCCCGUUCACCGCGCGUUCGAGGACACCCCAGACGGCUUGGACACCGAAGAACUGUGGGAGGUGUCCCUCCUGGCCUCGAACGUCCUGGCGAGGCAGCACCGCGGCAUCUGCUUCAAUCUCCUGUCGAAGGACCCGCAUGCCACCCGCGCGGGCGGGCACGCGGAGGGCGAGGAUAAUUGCCAGACGCUGCCGCUGGAUGUCCACCCGCACGGGUAUUUCUCGGGGGCGGAGUGGCGACGCGCGCCACUGAAGUUUUUGCCGGGCCACUUCGAGCACAACGCUCUCCUGACCGCCCGGCUGCUGCACCUGCUGCUCGCCGAGUGGGCGCGGCUGGGCCGCCCCGCGAAGGUCCUGGACUUUGGCUGCGGCAGGGCGACCAUGCUGGAGCGCUGGCUGCAGUCCUACCCCGCGAGCCUCGCCGGCGUGGACAUGCUGCCGGGGCUCCGGGAGGUCCUGGGCGACGACCUGCUCCGCCUCGACCUGGCCCAGCCCGCCUUCCCGGCCCCUCGCGGCCGGCCGCGCGGCUGCCGCGCCGAGCCCCCGCCCGGGGCCGGCGGGGCCGCAGAGGUGCAGCCCGAGCUGCUCAGGCGCUGCUGCCUCGACCGCGCCUGCCGCGGCAUCUCCCCGGCGCUGGGCGAGAUGGACGACGUGCAGCUGCGGCCGAGGAACCUGUCUGCGCCCGGCGUGCUGCCCUGGGGCGACGGCAGGGCGGACUGGGUGCUGGCGGUGGACGUGGUCGCCUCGGUGCCGCCCGCCCGCAGGGGGAUCUUCUUCGAGAACGUGGCGCGCUUCGCGGCCGAAGGUGCCGUCUUUGUGGGAGACCGCGGCGGCGAGCCGUCCGUGUCGACGCCACGGCACCCGCUCGAGAGCCUCGGCUUCUUGCGCGAUCGGCUUGCCGAGAGGUGGCUUGCACCGUUCGCGGCGCAGUGGUCCGUGGGGCGCUGCGUGUUUGGACUCUCGUACGGCUGCGUGGACGGGGCGCACGUGUGGGUCUCCGACGGCUGCGACGGCUGGUUCCGGCGCGGGGGAGCCCCCGAGGCCGCGUGCCUCAGCGACGCGGGUCCGGGCGCGCGGCGGAGCAGGUGGAGCUACGAGCCCGAGCAGUGGCAGUACGUCGAGUGCUUCCUGCCAGAGUCGGCAGAGUACUCCACGGGCCCCCUGGCGGCCCAUUCGCUCCAAUCCUGUGGCUCGCGGCGCGACGCGCAGGCCAAGGAGACUCAGCAGAACAGGGCCUCUCUUUCGGAGAGGGACGGGGGUGCGGCGAGCUCGACCGCUCUCGGGGCCGAGGACCCAGUCCAGACGAGGCUCGAGACCCUGCGCGGCACGCUGCGCUCGCCCGGGUGCCAGGCGCUGGAGCGCAAGGGGGACAAGCAGAGCUCCGUCAUCAGAUGGAGCGUCAUGGUGGUGAAGUGCCCGGCAUGCGAACAGCCAUUCAGGGACGACUGGGCGCUGGGCCGGCACAUGGGGACCGCCGCGUGCAGACGGAAUAGGGCCGUGCGGAGGCGCCCUGCGGGCGCUCGCGGCCUCGCUGGGCAGGGGAACGCGCGGCGAGGGGCGCGGCGUUCCCUGAGAAGGUUUGUCGCAUACCUCAAAGACACCUUGAAGAGACAACGCAGGGGCGCGCAGGGCUUGCGCACCACGCGCCUUGUGCCCUACUCGCCUCUGCUCGACCCGCGUUCUUCUCAAGUGAAGGCGGGAGACUUGCACGGCGCGGCGAGGGAGCUGCUGGAGGCGAAUCGGAAACUUCGGUCCAGCGCGUCGGCGAAGCACUUGCGUGUGCGCCUGCUGGCGGGGGUCCUCGCGACGUGCUCCGCGUGGGCGCCGCGGUUCGCGAAGCUGGUCGGCCCCCCGCCCGUGCCCACCACGGAGGCCUUCAAGCAGCGGGUCCGCAGGGAGGUCACGAAAGCGGCCCGCUCACGAAGGCAGCUCUUCAACGUCGGAAUCCAGGCCACGCUGGGGUUCACGAUGACGAGCUUCCGUGGGCCGGCCCUCCAGCUGCGAGUGGACGAAUUCGUCGACGUCGCGUGUGAGCGGGCGGACCGGGCGGCAGACGGCGCGGCGGCAGCGGACCUGAAUUCGUUGCUGGACGCCGUUGCGGGCCCGUUCCUCCCACGCGAUGGGUGCAUGAUCUCCUUGUCCACGUGGUUGCGGGCGGCCGUGGGCGAGGCGCCCGAAAGCGACAUCGACGCCCUCGCGGGCGCCCCCAUGGCCUCGGGGGCCGCGGCGGGCGCGGCGACGCUCGCCGGCGACUCCGCCGAGGAGCUUGAGAGGAGCGGGGCCCUGGUCAUGGCCCGUGCGCCAGUGCUCGUGGAGGAGAUGGACGCCCUGUGGCCGCGGGGCGGCCGGGAGGGCCGCCCCCCCAUUGGCCCGGCGCGGUUGUGCGUGCAGCUAUGCCAAUGGAAGCGGCGCGGGUUCGGGACGUCCUGCAAGGCCAACUCCUUCUUGGCGAUGUUCCAGUCCUUGCAGGGCGACCCGCGCAGCUGCGCCAGGGCGUCCAUCUCUUCCACGAGCACCAGCGCGCAGGCCAUGACGAGCGCCCUGCUCGUCUCAAGCUCCUCGGCGGAGUCGCCGGUGAGCUUCGCAGCGCCCGCCGCGGUCCCCGAGGCCACGGGGGCGCCCGUCAGGGCGUCGAUGUCGCUUUCGGACGCCUCGCCCACGGCCGCCCACAACCACGUGAACAAGGAGCUCAGGUACCCAUCGCGCGGGAGGCGCGGGCCCGCGACGGCGCCCGGCGACGACUUCAGGCCGCCCAGUCUCGCGCAACGCUUCCACGCGGAGCACAUCGCGAGGGCCCCCGCCAUCAUGCGCGCGCGCAAGUGGCCCGCCGACGCGCUGGCCAUCCCGACGGCCGAGGCUCCGCUCGUGCCGCUGCGGCUCUUUUGCGACGCCCACGUGCAGCUGACGGAGGAGGAGGCAGGGGCGAGCUGGGCCGCCGGCGCCAACGUGCGGGCCGGCGAGUGCCUGGCGUUCAACGCGUGGCCCGCCCACGGGCGCCCCGUCCGCGUCGUCGUCCGCGAGCUCGAUCGGGACGGUCAGGGCGCCGAGGCGGCCCGCGAGGGCGGCCACCCGAGGGCGAGGCCGGGCGCGGCGGCGGUCUGGGCGGAGGCCGUCGCGCGGCGGCUCGUCGACGCCGAGGAGGGCCUGGCAGCAGUGUACGACAGGAACGACCCGGGGUCCGCGUGGGGCAACGGCAGCAGGAUUUGGCGGGCGGUGGCGUGGGGCCCCGACCCCGGCGACCACGGGCCCGAGGCGUCUCGCACGCCUGGCGCCGCGGCCGCAGCACUCGGCCGCCUGGACGCCUUCGCAGUCCUCCUCCAGACCGUCCGCUUGCUCGCGGAGGUGCUCGUGUCGGCACCCGCUCUGCCGGGCUUCGGGCGAGCGCCCGCGGGCAUCAUGGAGGCCGCGGCAGCGGCACUGCAUUCCCUGCGGCGCGCCGCGCCAGCUGGAGGAGCAAAGAGCAGCUCGGGCACAGACUUUCGGAGGCGCGCUCCGCUCGCCAGGGGAGGGGCGGCAAGCGCUGGCCCAGCAGGUCCGCGCCAGUCUCCGACAGGUUGUCUUCGUGUGGCUGCUUGCUCUUCUGGCCAGAGUGGGGGAUGCUGGGCGAGCGUCUCCUCAGGUCCGCAGGGCUCGACGGCCUGA